AUGACAUCUAACACUCAGAAAAGUGCACUGAACAUUGUAAUGGGUGCAAUGACUUUCGGAGAAGCAGGAAAAGACGGUGCUAGAGUUCACAACAUAAAGGACGUCGAGGCGAUACUGGAUGCGUUUCGUUCUCAUGGCCAUACAGAGAUUGAUACUGCACGUGGAUACUGCAGUGGUACGAGCGAAGAGUACUUGGGGAAAAUUGAUCUGGCUGCCAAAGGCCUCAAGCUCGAAACCAAACUCUAUCCAGUCAAAGGUGGUGCUGAACCGAUCGCACACGACGAAGCAGGUCUUAGAAAGCAUUUGGCCGUGUCUCUGGAGGCCUUGAACGUCAAAUCUUUGGAAAUGUGGUACCUUCAUGGGCCAGAUCGUACUGUUCCAUAUGAAGAAACCCUACGUGUCGUCAACGAUCUCUAUAAAGAAGGCUAUUUCAAGCGAUUUGGAAUUAGCAACUACACAGCAUGGGAAGUAGCAGAAAUUGUCGGAAUCUGCAAGGCCAAUGGUUAUAUCCAACCUUCAGCAUAUCAAGGAAUCUAUAAUGCUAUACAUCGAGCGGUUGAACCUGAAUUGUUACCAUGUCUUCGAAAGUUUGGGAUCAGUUUCUAUGAAUUCAAUCCUUUCAUUGUGUCGAAGUGGCAGGAGGAUUCUUCACAGGACGCUACACCUCGUCAAGCGACAACACAGAGGAAGGGUCGAGAUUCGAUCCAAAUAGGACACAAGGGAAGAUAUUGGAAGGAGCCAUACUUCAAGGCCAUUGGCGCUAUCAAGGAAGUCGCUGACAAAAAUGGACUCACCUUAACAGAAAUCGCUUUGCGUUGGAUUUCUCACCAUAGCUUACUAAAGAGAGAAUAUGGGGAUGCUGUUCUUAUUGGGGCCUCAAGCCUUAAGCACAUCCAAGAGAACCUUGUGGAUUUGGAGAAAGGACCUCUCCCUGAGGAGGUACUCAAAGUACUCGACGAAGCUUGGUUCGAUGUACAGCCGUAUGCUAGCAAAUACUACCAUUGA